GAGCUUGAUCUUCAUUAGUGUCACUAAGCACAGUAGCUUAUGUAAGUGUGGUGCUGUUUGACAAUAUCCACUCAUUAAGUAACAUCGUCGUAAUCAAAUUUGCUCAACUAUGCUUCUACAACUCGUCAAAUCUAUCAAUUAUCUACCUCAAACAUCCAUCAUAGCUACAGGAAGUAUCCGUACACUAUCUACUACGAAACAUUGCUUCACCACAGUAGAUGUCAAAGCCAAUCAAGAACUCCAGCUCACCUACCUCACCGAAGAUGACAAGCAAGGAAUAGCCGUCCUGGGUUUGAACCGCCCGAAGGCUCGGAACUCCUUCAGUCGAUCCCUGGUGGAGAACAUUCUCGAGUCGAUCGAAGUUCUCGCCCACGACAAAAAUGUCCGCUGUGUCAUUCUGCGUAGCCUGGUACCGGGAAUCUUUUGUGCCGGUGCCGAUCUUAAGGAACGGGCCACUAUGACCCAACAGGACGUGGGACGCUUCGUAUCGAAGUUGCGCCUCAUGAUGACCAAUCUGGAGCAGUUGCCUGCACCGGUUAUUGCGGCUAUCGACGGGCCGGCUUUGGGAGGUGGUUUGGAGAUGGCUCUGGCUUGUGACAUGCGAGUUGUGACCAGUAAUGUCAAGUUGGGCCUGGUUGAGACCAAGCUGGGGAUCAUCCCCGGAGCCGGAGGAACUCAACGUCUGCCUCGGAUCCUGAAUCCGGCGAUUGCCAAAGAGCUUAUCUUCACGGCAAGGCAAAUCACCGGAGAGGAGGCAAAGUCGUUGGGAAUAGUUAACCAUGCAGUGGCGCCUAACCAAGAUGGGGAUGCCGCAUUCCAGAAAGCUUUGGGUUUGGCAAUGGAAAUCGUUCCGAACGGACCGGUUGGGGUUCGCAUGGCUAAGAAAGCUAUCGAUAAGGGUCUGCAAGUGGACUUGGCUACCGGAUGUGCCAUUGAAGAAGCUUGCUACGCCCAAAUUAUUCCAACCAAGGAUCGGUUGGAAGGAUUGAAAGCGUUCGCAGAGAAACGUAAGCCAAAAUUUAUCGGAGAGUGACAGGAUUUCGAUUGAAAAAAAAUGAUGUAACAGUGUUGUGAUAUGAAAGUGCAUUUAUUUUUCCCCAGUCAAAUGUAUAAUGGCUUAAAGCUGAAUCGUUGAUUUUAAAUAAAAAAACAAAGUAUCUUA